AAACAGCUGAAGUGAUUCGAAGACAGCCAGUUAAUUCCUAAUUAUUCUACUCAAAAGCAUACAACCAGCAUGGCAGACCAUUCCACCCUAAUCGGAACCUCCCAGGUCCUGGGAAUCACGGCUUCUGGAGUCCUGGCCGGGGGCAUCCUCAAUUUUUCCGUUGCACUCGUUCCAACCCUCACUCUGCCGGGGGCUACCAGCAAACGUACUUUCGACUCUUCCUUCCAGCCAGGCACACCAGUCUCCCACAUCGCCUCGCAAUGGUACCAUGCAUAUGGCAUCGGUAAAUCGAUUGUCCCGCUCGCCUCCUUGAUCACCGCCUCAGUAUACUCCUACUUGUCGUACCACUUCCGGCAAGGCACACUCACUCGUCAGGGAAACGUCGUCGCUGCAAACUACUACUUGCUCGCCGCUCUGUUUACCAUUGCUCCCGUCCCAUUCACUCUCCUAAUCAUGAAACCCACCAACAACAAGUUAAUCGCCAAGGCAAAAUCUGCAGAAACCGAGGGCCUGGUUGCGCAGAAGGAGAAGGAUGUUCAGGGUGAACUGAGGGCUUCUAGAGAUGAGGCUGAGGUCCAGAGCUGGUUGAAGACUUGGUCCCGCUUGAAUGUUGUGAGAGGAUUGUUCCCUCUUGUGGGAACAAUUUGUGCUGCUAUGGCCACCAUUUCAUAAAUUCUUUAUCGGCAGUCAUGCUUCCUGCUUUUCAAUGCAUUGGAGCAAGGGGGUGUAAGGGAUAACACAUAAUGAACCUUAUCUUAUUGUUAAGAUGUUAUGGACCACCGUGAAUAAAUUAAACAAUUGACUAUGGUGAACUUGGGGCACCGAUUAGCCUAAUUGAUCGGCCAUCAAAGUGCAUGUCUAUUAU